AUGUCCACUUCCUACUCGGGAACAGUAGUUGGUGUCGAUGUCGACCUUCAGCACGACUUCCCUCAUCCAGUGCGUCCCUCGCGUUCGCCCACACCUAUCGCGCCAGUAUGGUUCACUCCGCAGAUGGCCGAGCUAGAACGGCAAGCUUCACUCUCUGAGUCACCUCCGGAGCCGGAUCAAGUUGCUGAGGCAGAACCUACGCGUCGCUCAAUCACCUCAUCCGCAUUGACGUCUUUACUACCAAUAGCUGCAGCAUCGGGCAUCGUUCGCCCCAACUACGACACACCGAAGAUUUCAUUCUUCUCGCCGUCCGGCAAUCUUAUCCAGCCAGAGGGUAGUUCGACGCCAGGCACUACGAGCGCUUCGGACUUCAGCGGCUCACCCACUGCAACCACAUCGUACUACGAUAACAAAACCACACCUGCAACCUAUCGUGCGUUCCCGACAACGACAUGCCUGCCACCCCCAAGGCCCUCUUUGAGGCCAAUGACCACACCACCCACAUCCUCGGUUCCGCUCCCUAUGCACCUACGUUUCCAUCACAACUACAAACGCCCUGAGCAGUCGCAGAUCGACUCUACGGUUGGCUCCAUAGACUCGUUCAUCUUGCCUGCACCGUUAGUUCAAGGCUGUGACGGCAUAGCGCAAACCGAAAGUCUUGCGCCUUGCUCCAGACCGCGUCAUUCGUACGAGAAGCUGAAUGUACGCCCGCGCUACAAACCUCGCAGAUCAGCUCGAUCAUUCGCCGAGGACCUCAAAUAUGAGGCGAGGUUCCACAGAGCCCGAUUGAUCACGGCCAUCAUCGCAAGUUGCACCUCGUCUGGAAAAGGAAGGGUCCUUCGCAAGCGAAAGGCUGCGAACCGUAGAGCCGCAGCAACCGCAUACGUUAGCAUGCCCCGAAGCUGCGCAGGUGAGGCUACAGCCAGACCUAGAAAGAAACGAGUACACCCCCGUCAACCCACAGCUCGGCGCGAAGUAGGGGUCCUCGGACCGCUUGCCGGGCACAUACUGCGGAUUUGCUUCUGCCAGCCAUACGACGGUGCAGGCAAGACGACAGCCAGCGGCGCUACCAACAAGACGUGCAUUGGCAAGAGCAGCAACCGCACAGCAAACACGCAGAGCGUAUCGAAGAAGGAAAGCCCUCGCUCCAACGCAAACGACGUCGACGUGGAUGCAGCCUUACCCAACGCGCGGGUCGUGACCGGAACCGAACGGAAGGUCAGCAAUACCGUAUGCCAGCGCACCACGGUCCGCAAGGAGAAGAGGCACUCGUCCACCGGCUCGAAUCACCACUCCAGAACGCGCAGUGACAGUGCCGUCAGCGUGGGUGUGGCAUCCAGCACCGCUACCGCGCGUGGCUAA